AUGGGACUUACUCCAAUUGUUUGUAUUGCUCAAGAUUAUAUUCACGAAAAACCUGUGGAUGAUCUACGAUUACGUAAAGCCAUACUUGAACUACGUGACAAUAAAACCGAACAUCUUCCAGAGUAUUUACCACUUGUAACAGGAAUGCCAGUUUUACUUACAGAAAACAUUGCUACUGAGCUCGGACUUUCUAACGGUACACAAGGAAACUUCCGUCAACUUGUAUACGAUGAACCACCAGAAGAUGUUCGAUACCACAACCAGAAUUUUCCACCAAAUCCCAAGUUUAUAACGCAACCAAAGUACGCUUUAGUAGAAUUUCCGAGUUGCAAACUUAAUGAAAAACUUGCUCAACUCUCUUCCAAAAUAGUCCCUAUAGCUGUUAGUGAACAAACAUUCCUGUUUGACACCAAAGAACUUCUUCCAGAAAAUGUAGCAAAAGCGGCCAAAAUAAACAAGAAAACAACAAAACUCACGGUCAAACGUAAAGCACUUCCGCUUAUGUCGCCAUAUAGCAUGACAAUACAUAAAAGCUAA